UUCACAAUUAAUUUAUUCAUUAUACCUCAAAAAAUAGUUUUAAAAGAUUUUUUUUUUAAAAAAACUAUUGAAGACAUCCACAGACAAGCAAUUGGUUUUUUUUUAAUGAGACCACGAUUUUCGGAGAUUAACGACUACUACUACCUCCUCUAUAUUUGAUUGACUAAUUGCUUUGGACAGUAACCCAGUACUACUACUACUACCUCAACAACAAAAAAACUACCAUAACCUCAACUACAACAAGGAUGGCCUCCAACGAUGAGACCCAUAUACUCAACUUAAUCCGCAACCUAUUGAUUGAAGAAAAAGAAAGAGAGAGACUAUCGUCGCUAAGAGGCGGCCACUCGGACGCCCUUAACCUUAUCAACAACGACCCGAACAAUAUUGUCGGAUCAAACAAUAAUUCUUCGUCGUCGGCGUCGAUGAUGAUGAUGAACAACAAUUCAUUGCCACCGUUGUCCACGCUAUCCGAUUUGGUGGUUGUGGCCAACAACAACAACUUGAACAACAGUUCACAUUAUACUAAUGCUGUUCCCACUGCCACCUAUACUACCCAUACCAACAACCAUUAUAACAGUACUACCGACCAAAUCACUGGUGGUGGUGGUAAUCAUCAUCAUCAGCAGCAGCAUCACCAUCAGCUACUCACCAAUACUGGUCUAUCCGGUUACGGCUUAAGCCGGCCGACACCAUCAUCAUCAUCAGCAGCAAACAAUCUAAGCUUUCUGAACAUUACGACACCGUUUGACUAUCACGGACUGUCCGGUUCGUCGUCCGGCAAUAAUCACUCGACUAUUGGCGACUUACUAGGUUUGGGCACCGGUAUCGGCGGCUGUAAUCUGACCAACGGUUCUCGUAAUGGCAAUUGUAUGCCACCGCUGGUCUCGCCGUUGGCCCACUCGUCGCGCCAUUCGUCCGCCGCUGACGAUUCGUCCGAUGUUAGCCACCAAUUGCUGGCCAGUAUAGCCAACAGCUAUCCGCCAAUGGUGUCGACACCAUCGUCGUCGUCGAUGUCCAAUAUGUUGAAUUCGCCGUUUCUGUUGGACACUAUAUCGUGUACGGCUGGUGCGGGUGGACCGGUAGCCGCACACACAGCGGCGUCGAUGCAUUCAUCGUCUUCGUCAUCGUCGUCCACGUCGUCGACACUGAUGUCGCGUUUUGAAUCUCAAAUCCGGACCAUUGCUAACGACAUCCAGACAACCAUACAGUUGCAUCUGAACGGUCUUCAGAUGCGCAAAGAACAACUGCUGAAACAGUUGGAACACAUCAAACAAACCUACGCUACCGUACUGUCCAUUGCGGCCGCCACUCAAUCGUCGUCGGCGGACAGCCUGGAUAUGGCCAAUCUGGGACUGGCGUUGCCACAGAUUACGUUCACCCGACCUGAUAGUGCACUGUAUAAGGCAGUCACUACUUUGGGCUUUCUGACGACACCCGCGCUGGCCGUCAAUUGUAACGCUACCGGUGACGGUGUUGAGGCGGCCAUCGAGGGCGAGGCUACCUGUUUUACAAUAACCACUCGUAACUGUUUUAACGAGGAACUCCUAAUUGGUGGCGAGCACUUGGACGUUGAGAUACUGGUGACUGAUCCCACCACCAGCAACACAACCACCAAUAAUAAUAGUAUGUCCUCAUCGUCGUCGUCGUCGUCAAACACGAUAACUAUACCCCAUUCGCUGUUAGACCACAAUAACGGCAAAUAUACCGUAACCUAUACAAUACCGCGCGGCGUCGGCGGUCUAAAGCUAGGUCAAGUGCAUAUAUCCGUUGCGGUCAACGGUCUACCAAUAUCGGGUGCACCGUUUAUCGUAGGCAUCGAAUCCAAACGGGUACGCAACGCCUGGAAACGUAUCGCAACGUUCGGUUCGGAGGGUUCACAAAUGGGACAGUUUUGCCGGCCGUGGGGUGUGGCCAUUGUACGGUUGCCCAACAAAGACGGUUGCCUAAACAAUUUAGAUCAUCAACUCGGCGGCGGCCGACGAUCCAGUCAAUCGUCAUCAUCGGUAAAAGAGUAUCUGAUAGCAGUGGCCGAUCGUAGCAAUAAUCGUAUCCAACUGCUCAAACUUACACUAACGUCCAACGGUAACGGUGGCAAUAGCAAUGGCAAUACCAAUGGCGGCGGUGGCGGCAAUGGUCAAAGUGGUGGCAAUAAUAGCUUUAAUAACUAUUCGAUGAAUUCGGGUAGCAGUAGUGGCGGCGGCGGCGGUGGCAAUACUAAUAACGGCGGCAACGAAGAGUCGGUAUCGAUGUCCGUACUGCACGUAUUCGGUUCGGGACCGGGCAAUCGUCAGGGCCAGUUCGAUAGGCCGGCCGGCAUAGCAAUCAAUGUUAAUUUGGGUCAUAUUAUUGUUGCCGACAAAGACAACCAUCGGGUACAGGUAUUCGACAUAUCCGGUACCUAUUUGUUUAAGUUUGGCGAAAAAGGUUCCCGUCCGGGUCAAUUUUGUUAUCCAUGGGAUAUUGAUUCGUGUCCGCAAACCUCGCAAAUACUCGUAUCGGAUACACGUAACCGUCGAGUACAACUGUUUACACCCUAUGGCCAAUACCUGUGGCAUUGCGGCCAGCCAUUGGACAGUCCGCGGGGCGUAUCGUUCAUCUCAAGCGACAAGUUUGUCAUUUCCGAUUUCAACAAACACCGACUGCUAAUCAUCGACAAGAAUGUGAUCAACUCCAAGGAAGACGUCGCUCCCAAGUAUAUCGGUUUCGGCGAAGGUUCGGCUUGGGGCGAGUUUCUGAGGCCACAGGGUGUGGUCAGUUCGGGCGCAACGGCCAUCUACUGUGCCGACAGCCGAAACAAUCGUAUAUCCAUAUGGAAUUCGGCUACGCAAAGUUUUGACUACCUGGGCGAAGAUAUACUGGCAUUGGAUCGGCCGUCGGGUUUGGCCGUUGCCGACAAUUUGCUAGUUGUUGUCGAUUUCGGCAAUAAUCGCAUUCAAAUUUGUCAGCGAUAAAGUGAUUCAAAUUGUUUGAUUGAUACAUACGGUAAUUGUGUUUUAUCCGUCAAAAAUAAUUUCAAAUCAAAUCAAAAAUAAUAAUAAUAUUAUUAUUAUUAUUAUGUGUUAUUA